GGUGCUUCUUGGGCUGGCACGCCUGCGCCGGGGAGCCCAAGCGUUGGUCAGUGAUGGAGCUGCUGCCAUGACAACUCCUCCGACUCGGCGUCGGGGCAAAGGCGGGGGGCUGCGCGCCGGCGAGGCAAGCAGCCCGGCGUCGGAGCAAGAGCAGAGGCGCAGGAUGCUCCGAGCCUGGAGAAGAGGAGGAGGAGGAGGCGGGAGAGACAGCAACACGGCGGAGAGGGCUGGAGGAGCCACUAGGCUUGGGAUAAACGCUUGCUGAGUCUCCGUCCCCUUCCUCUUUGGAGAGUUUGGGAAGUCUGGCGGCUACUGGGGAAGCCGGUCCUGUUCCUUUCCUCUCCUUUGGAUGCCACUCUCCAGGCUGGCAUCCCUUUGGACAGCACCCUCUGCCUUCCUCUCCUUACUUUGAGGUGUCUCCUUGAAUAGAUAGAUAGAUAUACAGAGAGAGAGAUGGGGCUGGCGGGCUGCGUGGCGCUGCCCUGGCGCUGCCUGGCCGUGCUGUCUCUCAAGCUGCUCUUCCUUGUGCCCGCAGGAGCGCCGGCGCGCGGCGGAGGAGAGGCCGCCUUUCCAAAGGCCAUGGACAACGUCACCGUCCGGCAAGGCGAGAGCGCCACCCUCAGGUGCAUUGUGGAUAACCGAGUGACCAGGGUGGCCUGGCUCAACCGCAGCAGCAUCCUUUAUGCUGGCAAUGACAAGUGGUGUCUGGACCCGCGAGUGGAGCUUAUUGCCAACACCAAAACUCACUAUGCCAUCCGGAUAAAUGAUGUGGAUGUGUAUGACGAAGGGCCCUAUACCUGCUCUGUGCAGACGGACAAUCAUCCAAAGACAUCACGGGUACAUCUCAUCGUACAAGUACCGCCCAAGAUUGUUGAGAUCUCAUCAGACAUUUCCAUCAAUGAAGGUGGCAAUGUCAGUCUCACCUGCAUUGCUACAGGUAGACCAGACCCUACAAUUACUUGGAGACACAUCUCACCUAAAGCUGUGGGAUUCUUGAGUGAAGACGAGUACCUGGAGAUCACAGGUAUCACCCGGGAACAGUCAGGGGAAUAUGAGUGCAGUGCAUCCAACGACGUUGCAACACCAGUUGUGCGGAGAGUAAAAGUCACAGUGAACUAUCCACCAUACAUCUCAGAUACUAAGAAUACUGGGGUGCCAGUAGGACAGAAGGGCAUCCUCCAGUGUGAAGCAUCUGCCGUUCCAUCAGCAGAGUUCCAGUGGUACAAAGACGACAAAAGGCUCACUGAAGGACAGAAAGGGUUGAAAGUUGAAAACAAGGCCUUCUUCUCCCGCUUGACUUUCUUCAACGUCUCUGAGCAGGACUAUGGGAAUUAUACUUGUGUGGCUUACAACCAACUAGGAAACACCAAUGCCAGCAUUAUUCUGUACGAAAUAAGUGAGCCCACAAGCUCAACCUUGUUCCAAGGGCCCGGAGCAGUGCAUGAUGGCAACAGUGGUGGGUCAAGAAGAGCUGUCUGUGUCUGGCUUCUCCCCUUCCUUCUCCUACACCUGCUGCUCAAGUUUUGACCCUUCAACUGUGGCACUCAACAAAAGGAAAAAGAAGAAGAAAAAGUAAAGAAGAAUAUUAAAUUUUUUAAAAAAAUAAUCAGAAUAGUAAAGAGAGUAUAUUAUGAGGAAAUCUUGAGGAGAAAGAAAGGAAGUUUGAAAAAAUAAACACAAGAAAAGUCCAUAUUGUUCUGCUGAUGUAUCAACACAACUGAGUGCUGUUUUAUUUCUAAUUUUUCCCCAUUUUUCCUGAUAUGGACACGUAUACAGCUGUUGGGGACCUACCAGUUCAUUUGGCUGAGUGACCAUUGCUCCCCAUUUUUUUCACAUUAAAUCUUAGCAAGAUAUCCGAGUCCUUCCUUCCUUAUCUUACAUCCCUUCCUUCCUUUUCUUUCCUUCCCUCCAUUUGUCUUUCCUGUCUUUGUUUCCCCCUGAACUUGACCAACUCUACUAAAGGGAGGAUUACAAUGUCAGCUGCCUUGUGCGCAACCCGUCAUGGCUUUCCUCCUCUGAUUCUCUUCCUCUCACAGACUGCACUGUUAUCUCUUUAAUCACAAAGUACAACACAACAACUACAGAUGACAACCGCUCUGGCAAAAUGCAACCACAAGCGACAGCAAAAGGGAAGGAAAAACAACAGCAACAAUAACACCCAAUUGUUAAGACACGGAAUCAUUGUACUACAUGGAUAUCAUGGAUAAUAAGGGAUUCUGAUUCAUUAUUAAUUUUAUUAAUUAUAUUUUCUGAUAUGAGCCUAGAACUGUUAGUUCAUAAAAAAAAUACAAAAACAAACAAAAAAUGGGGGGAAAGAAGUUUAUUAAGUAUUAAAAACAAAAUGAAUAGCGGGAUUCUUAACUAGGAGGUGAACGGUCAAUAUCUCCAGUUGUUUGUGUGAUCUGUUUAGAUGAGAAUGGAAAAUGUCCAGAAAAGAAAGAGAAUGCAAGAAUGAACAAGCACCAGCUCCACCAGCAUUACCAAGUCUCCAUUCGUUGUUCUGGUGUUAAACUCAAGAAAGGUUUCCGCUGUUUUCAUACUGUUUGGAAGUGCAAAGGUUGAUGCUCACUGUAUGUUGAGUUAGAUGGAUAUGCUUAUUCUUUUUUAUGAGCUAUAUAUAUAUAUACAGUAUAUAUAUAUAUAUGUAUAUAAAUACAUACAUAUAUACAUAUAUAAUAUUAUUAUUAUUAUUAUUAUUUGUUAGCAUUCUAGCACAUUAUUUCUCAGCCGGGUCCUUCUUCUGACAUUACUGCAUGCUGUAUAUGGAGUUAGCUGUGUAUUGGUCUUUUCAGACAAAAGGGUAGAGUUUUAUUGGUAAUUGUGUAAUUAAUUCCUGACUCUUUCUUUUUCUUGGCCUUCCCGUGGGUUAUUUACAUGUUGAAGACAUUUAUAAAAAAGAAGAGAAAAGAAAAGAAAAAAAUAUAUAAUUCUGUAGUGUCUCUUUCCAGAUUUGGAUUUCUAUGAGGAGGGGUACUGAUUAUUAAAACUGAUACACAUG